AUGUCGAUGAUGUUGAUGGUUUUGAUGGUGUUGAUGAAUGGAGAAGUACCAUUCGAAGAGAGGAUGGGUUCCUGUCAUCAGUGUCACCAAAAGAGACGUGGUGUCGCUGGAUCGUGCGUGACCAUGAUCUCACCCAAACAGAGAUGUCCAUUGAAGUUUUGUCCUGCGUGCUUGCGGGGAAGGUACGGUGAGGACGCGGAAGAGGCUUCCUCCAUGACGGACUGGGUUUGUCCAAGAUGCAGAGGCAUUUGUAACUGCCAUCAGUGCAGGAAGAACAAAGGUCUGGAGCCUACAGGAAAAUUGUCACAAGAAGCUAAAGAAAAUGGCUGCUCGUCUGCCGCUGAGCUUCUUGCAAAGACCAAUGAUCCCAACAAAUAUGUUUAUAAGAGAAAAGUGAAAGUGGAAGAUGCUGGUCAGGAGAAACCUAUUGAGAAAAGUCAUGAUGAGAAUCAUGCAGGAGAAGGAAAUAGUUCAAAUGUUGCAAGAAUCGCACCGGUUCUGGAAAAGAAAGAGAUUGAGGAGGUUAAACUACCUCAAGGCAUUGAAUCAGUUACUAUUUUUGGCAUUGAAUUUCCCUCUCAAGAUGUUGGAAGUGUUCUUCAGUUUCUUGAGUUUUCUUCAGCUUUUGCAAAGGGUCUUAAUCUUAGGGAAAGGCAGGCUGAGAGUGUUAUUCGCGAAACGUUCGCAGGGAGAAGCAAUAGGAGUCCACAACAUUCUACUGUGACUCAAACAAUGAUCCAACUCCUCACUGUGAUUCGAGAAGACCGAGGAGAAACAUUGGAUUGCUUGAGUGCAAGCGAUGACAGCUGGUUCAUGGCUCUUGGAGAGUGUCUUGCAAAAUCAGACAUUAAGCUUGAUGACUUCCCUCCUGAAAUGUUUCAAGAAGGAAUUGAUGCAUAUGAGAAUUUGGAUGCUUCCAAAAGGAUUAACCUCUUGAACUUUUUAUGUGGUGAAGUGCUUGACACAAAGCUGCUAAGGAAUAUCAUUAAGAAAGAAUCAAAAGAAAAUGUGAAAGCGGCAAAAGAGAAGAAUAAACAAGUGGACCAGAAGCUAAAGGACCCUCUUGCAAUUGUAUCGUCAAUGAGUGAUGAAUCCGAAAAAGCUUUUCAAGAAUUGCAAGAAGCAAUAGAAAUCAAAAAGGGUGAUCCUACUCUUAGAACAAGCCCGGUGGUUGGACCGGAUGAAGAUGGUCUUACUCUUUGGAAACUGAACUCGUACACUGAAGAACCAAAGUAUUUGCUUCAAGUGGUAGGAAGUUCUAGUGAAUCAUCUCCUCAUGGAAAAUGGUUUUCUUUUACCUCCCAGCAGAAACCGGAGAUAGAGAAGUACAUUGCUUUCAAAAUGAUGAAACAGGCUCUAGAAGAUGAAGCAAAUGUUAUUAUUAAGAAGAAAGAAGAUGAUUCUGAUUAA